CCCAACCUGCUGCCUUCUUCCACCACAUUGCAUUACACCCAAAAACGGAACCUGAAACCCCCAUAGAUAGACAUCAGAGUUCUUCUCCACUUUUGGCAUGGCCAGUGUCCUGGGGAAUGUUUCUCCGUUUCUAGACCUCUCGGCCCCGCCUCCUCGGACGGUAGUUCCCGACCGCAGACCGCGCCUCUUCCCUUCCGACGCAGUUUUGAACCUGUUCAAGAAGGAUCUUCACCAGAAUCCUAAUUUUCAUGCUGCGUUUGAGUCGGUGUUCGAUCACAGGGAAAAACAUGUGAACAAGAGGAAAUUUAAUCAGUCCAAGGUGAACGAGGUGGAGUACGAGAACUCUAGCGACGACGAGAAUGGGAACGGUGUGGAAGAUGAGCUCGGUGAAGACGGUGGGUUUGAUUGGGAGGUGGAAAUGAGGAAGAAAGUGAAGGAAAUUGAAGAAAUGAGAGAGUUGGAGAAAAAAGCUGAAGAUUUACAGUACAAAGUUGAUCAGGAGUAUGGUGAUGAUGGUGAACCGAAUGAGGAAACUGAAGAACAGAAACGCAUGAGAGUUAAGAAGGAGCUUGAGAAGGUAGCAAAGGAACAAGCAGAACGAAGAAAAACAGCUCAGUUGAUGUUUGACUUGGGUCAAAAAGCCUAUGGAAAGGGUAUGUAUGGACGAGCCAUUGAGUUUCUUGAAGGUGCCCUCACAAUCAUUCCUAGACCCACCUUGUUUGGUGGUGAGAUACAGAUAUGGUUGGCUAUGGCUUAUGAAGCUAACAAUCGCCAUGCAGACUGCAUUGCCCUGUAUAAGCAAUUGGAGCAGAAACAUCCUAGCAUGUCUAUUCGCCGACAGGCUGCUGAUCUGCGAUACAUAUUGCAAGCACCAAAGCUCAAGAUAACACAGGAAGAGAUGGUAACCAUCCCCCUAAUUGGUUCCAGUUAUGAUAGUUAUGCGGCAACAUGGACUGAUAAACACAAGGACAAAGACAAGAAGUUCAGUGGGUCGACAACAAAUCAGCUCCCGUCAGACCGAGACUACUUGGGAGACUUCUUGACCUGGAAACCGCCAGUGGGGCUGGAGAAGAACCAGGCGUUCUGGGUUUCGUUAACCCUCUGGGUAGGCCUUGUCGGAGCAGCGCUCUUUCUACAAAGAUGAAGCGCGUGCGUAAUAUAUGUACAGCUGCUGAAUCACACGAUGUUACUUUGUGUUAUAUUAUUUGUUUACCCUCCCUGGUAUCGUUGGAUAGCAUUAAAGAACAAUUAAGCCACAGUCAGUGUGGUCUGUUGUGGUUUAUGUAUGUUUGAAAGACGCAAUGCAUAUAGUAAUAACGUAACCUCUUCCAACACCGAUGAUGUCCGGUGGGUGUAAUUUUUGCUCUGUAGUAUUGUCAACUUACAUUAAUAAUUUGGAACUCUUUAAAAUUGUGCCCAAGUUUGGUCGUAAUCAUACUAUAGUAAUAUAUUAUAUUUAUGAUA